AUAAAUAGAAAUAGGAGUAUUUAAUUAGACAGAAGACUUUGAGCUCGACCAACUCUAUCAGUAUUUAAAAUUGGUCACCUCUUCAGCAAAGUAACUGAUAAUUCAUCAUUUUGUGCCAACAUCCAGUUUUCGUGAGCCAGCCCUCAUUCCUCAUUUCCCAAAUUCCCAAACCAUGAAAUUCUUAAAAAUUUAAAUAUUAAUUUCAUCACAGAAACUGCAGGCUUAUUUUGGAAUCACAGUUUCUUCAUUCAAGAGAAGAAGAAGAAGAGAGAGGCAUGAUCCAUCUCAAGGACGAUGGUCACGGUCUGGACUUUCCUAUAGAAGUCUUGUUUUACAUCGCAAUAAGUGUAUUCUUGAUGGUGAUUGCGUUGAUGAUGAAACUCUUGUGGGAUUCCGGAGACGAUGGCGGAGGAGCGAGGGUUGGUGAGACGAGCGGUUUAUCGUCUUCAAAGGUGGAAGCUUGGUUCAUAUCUUCGUAUGGGACAAAUGAGGACGACAUUGAGUCGACUGGUGACAAGAGUUGCACUUCAUCAUCGGACGAUUUAUACGAUGGAAAGAUAUGCGUGAUAUGUUACGACGACCAAAGAAGCUGUCUCUUUGUACCUUGUGGACAUUCUAUUACUUGUUACACUUGCGCUAAAAGGCUUAUAAUUGAAGAAAUGAAGAGUUGUCCCAUAUGCCGGACUGAUAUCGACAAAAUACGGAAGUUGCAUAUUUUGUGAAAACCAACUUUCUUAAUUUUCAUUGCAAGUUUUGUACAUAUAGUUCAUUGUUACUAAAAGAUGGAUACACACACAUAUCUAUUGCGUGAGAUUUUAUUGACA